AUGAUGUCGGACAUGGAGAAUCGAGUCAGAUCGCUGAAGGAUAUGAAAAUUUAUUUAUUCAAUACUUUGGUUCUGCAAUUCAUAUCAACGAUAAGUGCGUAUUUUUUGCAGUGCAGGGCGGUUCCUAGUUCUGACACCAUGGCAUUACUCUGCUAUGGACCAUGCAAAUACUUUGGAACGAUUCCUUGUAAAGUCAUAUUCCAAAUUCUUGAAACCUCUUUGAUUGCAUGUGCCACAUCAUUAAUCAUUGCGUUUUACUAUCGCUAUGAGAUGUUAACAACCAAUAGCUUCACCAGAAAUCGUCAUUACAAACAACUAGUUAUCAGUUACGGUAUCCCACUUGUAUUUCUGAUAUUCGAAGUGCUCUCUCCAAGUGAUUUAUCAAAAGUUGCCGCAGAGCUAAUGGCAUUGCAUCCAACAUAUGAUAUUGAUAGUUAUACCGUCCUUGGUUUUUCUGAAGUAAAAAGUGUUAUAGCUACAAUCCAAACACUUUUAAUGAUGCUCGGCAUCUAUGGAACACCUUUCAUUGCUUUGUUAUUUCGAAGCAAGAUAAUGAAAAUCCUGAACAAAACAUCUAAAUCAUAUCACGCCGAGAAGAUAGAGCAGACUAAGAGCAUGAUUCAGGGGCUAACUCUCCAAACGCUUCUCCCGCUUUUCUGCUACGUUCCAAGUUUCACAUACUACAUUUAUGCUCAGUACACACAUUCUGACAGUUUGGUUGCGGAAUUCGCUGUGAGCCCGUUUGGAUUCAUUUACACUAUUUUUGACCCUCUUCUUACUAUUUAUUAUGUGCUCCCUUAUCGUAGAACUUUUAAUGCCAUUUUCAGAAAACAUAGUGUUUCAAAUGUUACUUUUAUCCAAUCAGAAACUACAAGAAGAGUAAUUUAA